AUGUCCCUCCCUCGCCGUACUACAACCCUCACCCGCUUAACGAACGAGACAAAAGUGCAAGUUUCCCUAUCUCUGGACGGCGGCCAGCUCCCUGCCUUUGAGCCCUGCAAGUACUUCCCACAGACAAACCCGGAGGAAUCGACAGGCAUAAUCCCUGCCCCCGACGCGGGGCAUGCUUCACAAUUCACCGCCACGCAGCAGAUCACGAUAAACACAGGCAUUGGGUUUUUGGACCACCUGUUGCAUGCGCUGGCAAAACAUGCCGGGUGGAGUCUGGCAGUGAGGUGUAAGGGGGAUUUAAUAAUUGACGACCAUCACACAACCGAAGAUACCUUCCUCGCCCUGGGCACCGCCUUUUCCAAAGCCCUAGGCCCUCGCCUCUCCCUCGUCCGCUUCGCCCGCGGCGAUGCACCGCUCGACGAAGCCCUCUCCUGGGCCGUAAUCGACAUCUCCUCCAGACCCUACGCCGUGAUAAAUCUGGGCCUACAGCGGGAAAAGGUCGGCGAUCUGAGCACGGAGAUGAUUCCGCAUGGACUUGAGAGCUUCGCGCAGGCCGCUGGAGUAACGUUGCAUGUUGGUUGUGUCUAUGGGAGGAACGACCACCAUAGGGCGGAGAGUGCUAUUAAGGCUCUUGCGGUGGCGACAAGGGAGGCCUGUCGGAGAAGGUUGGCGGGAGAGGUUGGAGGUGGUGGGGAGGUGGGAAGUACGAAGGGGGUGUUGUAA